GUCGGCGAUUUCUCUUCAUCAGAUAAUUUUCAUUGCCAUUAUGUUGGCAACGACUUCCGAUGAAUAUUUGUAUUACUUAGCGAACACAAAACUUUGAAAAACUUGUUGUCGAAUGUGUUUGAAUUUGAACACAUCGGAUUAAUUGCGUGUAUUAUUUAAAAUGUAAAAGAAAAGCACCGUAAUGAAACAAAUCACGAAAUUGUUGUUGUAAUUUUCGAACUCGAAGAAUUUCGAGUAGAUUAGGACAAAGUUUGAAUACGUCCAACGAAAAGUGUGGUUAUUCUUGUUUUGCGUUCUACCAUCUGCGGUGUUGCAAAGUGGUAUGAGAAAUACAUUUGUACCUUAAUGCAAUAUUCUUACGCAGAAGUAUUGUAAAACGUAUUCGUUUAGAGGUUCUUAGAACAUAAGAAUACAAGUUUUAACUUGAUAGGAAUGCAAUGUGAGAUUUUUUUCAUUGCAAAGUGAAAAAGACAAUCUAAACUGGUAAAAUGAUAAAACACGAAUUUGCUCGUAAAAUGAAGAGAGAAAUGGUUUCGAUCAGUUCAUCAAGUUCGGAAAGUGAACUAUCUGAUUAUAUUAACAUUGAAAAUGAACUAACAGAUGAAGAUGAGGAGGAGUUUGAUGAAGAAGAUUAUGAAGAGGGAGAGGAGGAUGACGACAGUGACACAAGUUCAAAGAAAGAAGAAAAUUUUGAGUUUUUAGACAAAUUGGAUGAAUAUAUGAAUAUAUUUAAAAUAGAAACAGACAAAUUAAUUAAAUACCGAGAGGAUAAAGAAGAUAACUUUAGAAGAACUGAUAUUGAUUAUACUAUAUCAACAGUUGAAUCUAUGAGUAUCACUGAUACUAAUGUCUUACCAAAACCUGUUCCACUUAGAAAUCCAAACUCUAGAAGAAAUUCUAUGCUUCCUGGAUCUGAAAUGUGCAACGGAAUAAUAGCUUUUAAUGAUAGCCUUAACCCCAAUCAUAAUCAAAUGUUGCACAAUCAGACCUCAGAGUUUGCUACUACAGAUAAUAUGGAUAAUCAUGAUCCUGAAACAAGUAUUACUAAAACUCUUACACCUCUUAGUGAAAAUUCACCUGAUUUAUUGAUUGAUGUUCUCGAUACAGAGAAAGUACCUGAACCUGUAAAGGAAUUAAAAACCUUAAUAUUGAACAAUGAAGCAAAACAAUCAGAAGUAAAGAAAAUUCAAUUGGAAUUAGAUGGUGCUCGUAAAAAUAUAAAAGAGCUUGAAACAACCAUGAAAAUUAAAAUGCGCAUAUCUACAGAUUUGCCAAAGAACCUAGAUUUACUUGGGGUAGUGAUAGACAAAACUCAUCGCAAACAGAGUGAAUUAGAAAAAAAAUGUUCUUGCGUAAAAACUCAAUCAUCCCCAAAAAAUGUACAUUCAAAAACUAAGUCUACACAUGAGAAAAAAGAGGAUGUAGUCAAAGACAAGGUGGUCCAAUAUCAAGAAAGAUUAAAAAAUAUUGAGAUGAUAAAGGAUACUGCUUAUGAUUCUUUGAAUAAACAACGCAGAAUUACUCAUUCUUUAAUUGACAAUAACAAACAAAUGAAAAAUCUAAAGGAACAGUUAAAGAAAGAAGAAAAACGUAAAGAACAAUUAGAAGAGGAACUUGCAGAAGAUCAAAAGAAGAUUCAUGAACUUCAAAGAAAAUACAAUUUAACUGCCUCUAAACUGAAAGAAUUGCAAGCAGAAAGCAAAGGUGGAAAAGUGAAUAAUAUGUCAAAAACUGAUCAUCCUGAUAAAGAAAAAAAUUUAUUAGAUGUCAGUGCAAGAAUAUUACAUCUUGAUCAUGUGUUAAAAGAAAAAUCCAUAGAUUUAGAAAGAACAGCAGAUAUAGAUGAAAAGGAAGCUUUACGGCAUGAAAUUCGAAACUUAAGACGUAUAAGAGAUUGUUUAAUAGAUGAAAAAUGUGAUUUGGAUGAGAAAUUUCAGAAAGAAAAAACUUUAUCUACUGUAGAAGAACGAAAAUUACUGGAAUGUGGAGAAACUAUUGAAGCUAUUGAUGCCAUGAUUGAACAUAAGAAUGAAAUGAUCUGUGGAAGAAAUUGUUUUGAUGAAAAUCAAUCACAACGUGAGAAAGGAGAGAGAAUGUUGAUGGAAAGAUUGGCAAAACUAUCAGAAGGUGAAAUGAAAACCCUGUUUUAUAAAUAUUUUUUGAAAGUGAUUGAUUUAAAGGAGAGUUCAAAAACCCUUGAAGUUCAAACUGCAGAUUUAGAAAAUGUUAUAGAAACACAAGAAUGGCAAAUACAAGCUUUAACUAAUGCAUUGAAACAAUCCAAACUAGAAGCAGAGAAAAGAAUCAUUUUUGUAAUAAGAGAAUACGAGCAGAAAUUACAAGCCAUGUAUAAACACUUUGCAGAAGAAACAAGUAGUUCUGGACAUGAAACACUAGAUACAGAUUCUGAGCUUGUCAAAUACAAAUGCGAAAAUGAAAUAUUGAAAAAGCAAUUAGCACAAAUUAAAGCUUAUUCGAAAGGUUUAAAACCUCCUUGCCCAGUUACUUCAGGCAGGAUACCAAUAACAGCACCAACAAUGAUACAAGGUCCCCUAAGUCCAACAACCAAAGUGACUAAGGAAAGAAAUAAACUGAUAAUACAAAAAACUACUGACCGUGAUAAAACAAAAAAAUAAAUUUUUACCGGAAAUAUACUCUGCAUUUAUUUUUGCUAGUAUUACACUACUGUCAAUGAUGCCAUAGUAAUGUAAUAAAUCACUUUAACACUUUACCUAUCAAUCUAUAUAGGUAGAAAUUCUAGUUAGGAAAUUACACUUUAUAAUUCUUGGUGUAAGAAUAAGAACAAUAAUUUAUGUGAUCUGAUAAUAUGUUGAUAUAUUAUAUCAGUCUUUUACACAUUGACCACUUGUUAUAUGUAUAUAUGCAUGUCAUUUUAAUUUGAUAAAAUAAUUUAUACAAUUUUGGCAAAAUCGUUUUUACUUGAAAAGAAAUAAAUACUUGAUUAUUGUAACACAUUGUUUCCUUU